AUGGAUAGAAUGGCCGACUCUGUGGAAAGAUAUCGGAACUGGAUGCGGCAGAACCCGAAGCAAACCACUGCCUACGUAGUCGCUGGCGUUGCGGUCGCAGCACCGAUGGUUAUCGCCGGCCCGAUUUUAGGUGCUUUGGGAUUUGGAGCAACCGGCAUUGCAGCAGGCUCUGUAGCGGCCGGCGCCCAAACUGCGAAUGUAGCAGCUGGAAGUCUGUUCGCUAUACUUCAGAGCGCUGGAAUGGGCGGUUAUGGAGUUGCCACUGUAGGCGGUAUUGUCCAAGGCGGAGGCAUCAUCAGUGCCAUUCUUACCGCCCUGAGAUCUAAUACUCUCGAUCGGCGAAGACUUAACCCUAUUGAGAAUAUAUGGGGCUCACCAAAUGACUAUGGCGACGACGACGCGGAUGAGGAUGACUCGGAUUCUAACCCUACGUCAAAAUACGAUUUUUUGAAAGCUGCGAACCGGGUCUGGGCUGGGUUUGUAGUUGAGAAACUGAUAAGCAUAAUGAAUAUGAUGCCUCAGCUAAUCGAACGUCUUAAGGAAAUGAAGGAUUCAAUGUUGGGAUACUAA